AUGAGACUUUUCGACGCCCUAAUUCUAGACAUUGAAGGCACCGUCACGAGCAUAUCUUUUGUAAAGGUGUGUAAAAAUUUUUUUUUCUUUUCCUGGUUCCAUUGAUCAAACGGUCUCAAGUAAUCGACGAACUCAAUGAAAAAAGGAACAACGAAUUGCAUAGAAAGGCUUGAGGACACUUUGUUUCCUUACGCGUCUGAUCAUGUCGAAAGUUGGCUCGUGGAGCAUUUUGACGAGCCCCAGGUCGGCCACAUGAUUGAAGACGUGCGUCGAUAUUCGGCCCAAUCGACAGAUGCCAUCGUGCGGUAACAUUUCAUUGCAAGUUCUCUUAUAUAGCAAAAUUCAUUCGGCCAGAAAAGUGCGCGCGACUUCCAAAAAGGAGACAAUCGAAGAUGUGGUGAACAACGUCCGCCAUUGGAUUCAAAAAGACGAAAAGGUGCUAAAAUAACAAAAAAAGCAGAGAGAAAUAAAAGUGAUUCGAAGGUGACUCCAAUGAAGGCGCUCCAAGGGCUCAUUUGGCAAGAAGCUUAUUCGCGAGGGGCCAUAAAAGGCCAGUGAGUUUUCUUCCCUUUUUUUGGUCCUUUUUCGAAACUCGAUUAUUCAGCGUAUACCCUGACGUGCUCUCAAAUUUGACAAAGUUCCGAAAUGAAGACAUUCGUGUGUUUAUUUAUUCUUCGGGCUCGGUACACGCCCAAAAACUUUUGUUUUCUCACUCUGUUGUUGGAGACUUAUCGGAGGUUGUCUUCUUCAUUAAGGAUUCUCAAUUUUUUUUUGCAGUUUAUUCGAGGAUAUUUCGACACGAACAUCGGAUACAAAGGUGACUAUUUUUUUUCGUCUGCUCAAUUUCUCCACUUCAUUUUUUCCCAGGCCAAGCAGCAUCCUAUGCAAAAAUUUGCCAAGAAAUAAGCGUCGAGACGCAACGCGUGUUGUUUUUGACCGACCUUGAAGCGGGUGGGUUUUUCUCACCUCUCAUCGAAUAUUAAUAUUAGGGUUGCACGGAAGAGUUUUUCGAAAUGUGCUUUUUGAAUUCGAGAACAGAUCCAGACGAGACAAAAAAUUCGCGAGAAAAGUUCAAAAAGUUUCAAUUUUGACCGACAUUCUCGUCUCGAAAAAAAAGAGUCAGGUCUCGCGAGAUCAAUACGAUUUCGAGAAGUAGGAACUUCACUUUGAGACGAAAUUUUGAACAGCCAUGUCGCACGGGAAUAGUUUUGCGGGAGAAAAUAUGGAUUGAAAUUUUUGAGAGAGCGAUUUUUUUUUCAUCGGAUAAAGUUUAUAAUAGUGAGUCUAGGAGUUUUCGAAAGAUACAAAUAAAAAAAAUUAAUUUUACUUGAGCUGAUUUCGUUUAGAAAAACCCAAAAAUAACACAUUAACUCGUUUUCCUUGUUCCGUGAAGCUUUUUUUGAGCUUUGUGUAGAUAAUGGAGCAUUUUUUUUUCGUUUUUUCUCUCUCAAAAAAAUUUAACUUUAUUAAAAUCUUUUUUUCCGAUGGAAAUUAUUUUCUCUUGCAAAAUUUUACGGUUAGAGUGCGAAUCCGCAAAUGUCUUCCAUGCAACCCAGAGAAUGCAAUAAAGCGGAAAAUUUUUUGUUUUCCUGAAAAUAGAAAAGACCUGAAACUCAAGGAUUUCGUCGAUUUCGACUUUAUGUGAUGUGAAAAGGUUUCAUUAGAAGGUUUGGUUAGAGAAGAAAAGAUUUCAGUGUAAAAAAAAAGGAAAAUUGAGGUUGUUUUCGAGUUUAAAAGAAAAUCGUCGAAAAUCAUUUUCCACUUUAUUGCUUACAACCUCAGUAGUAUACAAGAUCAGGCUUGUGCGUCAAGUCGGCUUCGGGCUUGGAAAAAAAAAAUCUUCUAUUUUAUUAAAAAAAUUCCACCGAAAAAUUGUUUUUUGCAUGUUGAAUCAUAGUUUCUAAUAACUCAAUGAGGAAAAAUAAGCAAAAACCACACUUUUCCUGUUAAUAAAGCGAAAAAUUCGACACGACGAAAAUUUAAGCUUUUUGGGCCGGGCCGGCCAUUUUUGCUUGAGGUUUCCCUAAGACCGGGCCGGGCCGGCCUUGGGAAAUAGCUGGGGGCCGAUAGACUGACGGACCGGCCCUCGCACAAGCCGGUACAUGAUAUAUUUUCAAUUUCUGGCAUAUUUACACACGCCGUUUUCAGAAGCGAGAGCGGCUGCGAAAGCGGGUUUGCAGGUGAAAAUUGUCUGGCGAGAUGAAAAUGCCGAGUUGAGCCAAGCUGCACGCGAAGACUUUGAUGUGAUUACAAGUUUGGAAGAAUUGUAA